AUGGCUCCCUCGGCGACCAAUACCGAAUGGGAUCACCAGUACAACACCCUCCGCCGCGAAAAUCUCUUUCGAAACCCUCCUAAGGAUCAUACCGCCUAUCCUGCUCUGCAAGAGGCCGUCAGCCCCCACAUUGAUUCUUUCAAUGCCUUGUUCAGGGCUGAUGGCAAGAGCCUCCUCGCUCGAGGCCUAGAAGACAUUGGGGUCAAGACUUAUCUCGAUGGCGACGACCGAGCCGGCCUUGAGGGCAAGAAUCGCCUAACCAUCAGGUAUAAGGGCGUUUCACUUCAGAAGUCUCAACUGCCACCCUCGAACAAAUUCGCCCGGAACCGUGAGAUUCUCCCGUCAGAAUGCAGAGAACGUCACUGUACCUACCGAGGUAGACUGUCUGCCACUUUUGAGUACAGGAUCAAUGAUGGCGACCCUAAGGAGUUUGUUCGCGAGCUUGGUCAGGUGCCCAUUAUGGUUAAGUCUAACCGGUGCCAUUUAGAAGGCAAUUCGCCUGCCCAGCUGGUGCAGAAGAAGGAGGAGUCCGAAGAGUUGGGCGGCUACUUUAUUGUGAACGGUAAUGAGAAGAUCAUUCGCAUGCUGCAGGUCAAUCGGAGGAACUUCCCAAUGGCUAUCAACCGUCCGAGUUUCCAAAACCGUGGUCACGGCUACACCCCAUAUGGUAUUAUCCUUCGCUCGGUUCGGCCCGACGAGACAUCACAGACCAAUGUUUUACACUACUUGAGCGACGGCAACAUGACCUUCCGAUUCUCCUGGAGAAAGAAUGAGUAUCUAGUCCCGGUCAUGAUGAUUCUCAAGGCGCUGGUGGAGACGAACGACCGAGAGAUAUUCGAGGGACUUAUCGGAUUGUCCAACUCCAAAUCGGCCAAGAACACCUUCCUUACCGACCGCGUUGAACUACUUCUCCGUACCUACAAGUCAUAUGGCCUCCACAGCAAGACUGAGACAAGGGCCUACUUGGGUGAGAAGUUCCGCGUUGUGCUGGGCGUUCCAGACACCAUGUCCAACUACGAUGUUGGUACCGAGUUUUUGCGCAAAAUUGUCCUUGUACACUUGGGCAACGUGAACGUUACCGAAAAGGAAGACAACGACAAGUUCCGAAUGCUGCUGUUCAUGAUCAGAAAGCUCUACGCCCUCGUUGCCGGCGACUGUGCUGUAGACAACCCGGAUGCUGUCCAAAACCAGGAGGUAUUGCUCGGUGGCUUCCUCUACGGCAUGAUCAUUAAAGAGCGACUUGAAGAAUUUCUUACCACCGCUGUCCGACUUUCACUCCGAGAAUGGUGCAGGAAACACCCAGCUACGCCCUUUACGUCCCAGGACUUCGCCAAAGAGUUCCCAGCCAACAUCUUUAGACACGCUAACGAGAACGUCGGAAAUGGCUUGGAAUAUUUCCUUUCGACAGGCAAUUUGACAAGUCCGUCAGGACUUGACUUGCAACAGACAGCUGGUUUCACUGUUGUUGCGGAAAAGCUCAACUUCCUUCGUUUUAUCAGUCAUUUCCGGAUGAUCCACAGAGGUGCUUUCUUUGCUGAGUUGAAAACAACAACAGUCCGAAAGCUUUUGCCUGAGUCUUGGGGCUUUAUGUGUCCAGUACACACCCCUGACGGUGCUCCCUGCGGUUUGUUGAACCAUCUAGCACACAAAUGCAAGAUCAUGACUGAAGCUGUCGAUGCGUCCAAGAUCCCGGCUCUCGUUGCAGAGUUGGGCGCUGUGGAGGUAUCCUCCGCUGCGACAGAUGAGAGUGUCGUUGUCAUGCUCGAUGGACGGAUUGUCGGCUUCUGUACGCCUCGCGAGUCGCUGCGAAUUGCAGAUACCCUCCGACACUGGAAGGUCGAGGGCACUCACGGUGUACCCCUGCACCUUGAGAUUGGAUACGUUCCUCCUUCCAAUGGUGGUUCCUACCCCGGUAUUUACUUGGCAUCUGCGCCCGCGCGUAUGGUCAGACCUGUCAAGUAUCUUCCCUUGGACAAGGAAGAUUUUGUCGGACCUCAUGAACAGCCCUACAUGUCGAUUGCCGUUGUUGAAAAUGAGAUUGUAUCAGGAGAAUCGACGCAUGUGGAGUUCUCCCCGACCAACAUGCUGUCUAUUCUCGCCAACAUGACUCCUUUCUCAGACUUUAACCAAUCGCCUAGAAACAUGUACCAAUGUCAGAUGGGUAAACAGACCAUGGGAACACCAGGAGCUGCUCUACGCUACAGAACGGACAACAAGAUGUACCGAUUACAGAGUGGGCAGACACCUGUCGUGCGAUCGCCUUUGCACAACACCUACGGUUUUGACAACUUCCCUAACGGUACCAACGCCGUUGUUGCAGUUAUCUCGUACACGGGUUACGACAUGGACGACGCUAUGAUUCUUAACAAGUCAGCGCACGAAAGAGGAUUUGGACACGGUACCAUUUACAAGACAAAGAAGGUCACUCUCAAGGACGAGUCUCGGACAAGGGCUGUCAAAAACAUCUCCAAACUAUUUGGCUUUGCUCCGGGUGGGUUCGUAAAAGGACACUACCGUGCCCUGCUCGACGAAGAUGGUUUGCCCUAUGUCGGCAGAAUGGUUCAGGAAGGAGACGUUCUCUGCGCAUGGCAUACAGUGUCAGCAGACUACAACGGAAAAUUGAUCAACCUCGAUGGACAAACUCACUACGAGAAGUACAAGGAGUCCGAGACAGCUUUCAUUGAAGAAGUCCGCGUCAUUGGCAGUGAGACUGGUAACGAGCCCGCUCAGACCGUUUCCAUCAAGCUCAGAAUUCCCCGAUCUCCUGUGAUCGGUGACAAGUUCUCUUCCCGUCACGGACAAAAGGGUGUUGCCUCUCAGAAGUGGCCGGCCAUCGACAUGCCUUUCUCUGAGUCUGGCAUCCAACCUGACGUUAUCAUCAACCCCCAUGCCUUCCCUUCUCGUAUGACCAUUGGUAUGUUCGUCGAGUCGCUCGCUGGAAAAGCCGGCGCUCUUCAUGGGCUGGCGCAGGAUUCGACGCCAUUCAAGUUCAACGAAGAGAAUACGGCGGCAGAUUACUUCGGCCACCAACUGAUGAAGGCUGGUUACAACUAUCACGGCAACGAACCUAUGUACUCGGGUAUCACUGGCGAGGAGCUGGCAGCCGAUAUUUACGUCGGCGUCGUCUACUAUCAGCGUCUUCGUCACAUGGUUAACGAUAAGUACCAGGUGCGAACUACGGGACCGGUUGUGCCAACCACAGGACAACCUAUCAAGGGAAGAAAGCGUGGUGGUGGUAUUCGUGUGGGAGAAAUGGAGCGUGACGCGCUGCUCGCACAUGGUACGGCCUUCCUGCUGCAGGACAGACUGCUCAACUGCUCAGAUUACACCAAAACCUGGAUUUGCCGAACUUGUGGCUCGUUCCUCUCGGUUCAACCGACAGUCUCGCCAUUUGUGGGCAAGAAGAAGCAAGUCACAACAGUCCGGUGCAGAAACUGUGCAACUCAGCUCGAUGCCGGUGACGCUGCAAGUGCUGCGAAAGUGGAGGGAGAGAUUUGGGAGGACGGUCAAGGCAACCAGUGGGUUGGGGGCGAGAACACGACGAUGGUUGUCGUUCCUGGUGCGCUCAAGUUCCUGGAUGUCGAGUUGGCAGCUAUGGGUGUAAAGCUCAAGUAUCGUGUUGACUCUCGUGACGCACCUCGCAAGGGCCCAUUGAAGCCCAUGUCAUCAUUACCUUAG